CACUACCCCUUUUUCGGACUCGAGAGUUAUCUCAUGUUCACUAAAUCCUUUCGGGCGGACGGUUUUUUUCUUCUGCACAUUAUUCUGCAACUCUAGAUGCUCAUACAAGACAAUGUCUCACCACUGGCCAUCAUGUGACACAUUUGUUGCCCUCCCCCCAGCGACACAGAAUGGUUGUGUGGUGUUCGGCAAGAACUCGGACCGGCCCCAAUCAGAGGUGCAGGAGGUGGUGUUUUAUCCAGCCAGAGAAAACACAACAAACAAACUUCAGUGUACGUACAUCGAGAUCGAUGAGGUUCCCCAGACACAUGCCGUGAUCCUCAGUAAGCCGGCGUGGAUGUGGGGUGCAGAGAUGGGGGCCAACCAGUACGGAGUCUGUAUCGGGAACGAAGCGGUGUGGGAUAAACUCAACAGUCCUGAUGACCUCACAGAGAGGCUGCUUGGCAUGGACUUCGUCAGACUUGGACUUGAGAGAGCUACGACUGCCCGGGAGGCGUUGGAUGUGUUGACGUCACUGCUGGCCAAGUACGGCCAGGGGGGUCCAUGCAGUGAGCAGUCAGGGAUGACGGACUGGGCGUACCAUAACAGCUUCCUGAUCGCUGACAGGAAGGAGGCCUGGGUGUUGGAGACAGCUGGAGCUCUGUGGGCUGCCGAGCAUGUCACGGAAGGUGUAAGGAAUAUCUCCAACGAGUUCAGUAUUGGUACAAAGAUCGAUCUUGGUUCCCCCAACCUUCGUGACGAGCUCAAGGCGCUAGGCCUUUAUGACGGGUCUGGCGAGCUCAACUUUACUGCAGCUGUGAGUGAAGGGGGCGCCACUGCAGCCCUGUGCAAGUCACAUCGCUACACUAGGGGACGGAAACUCUUGCAGACGCUCUCGGAAAAGGGUACAUUUGGCGCUCCAGAGAUGAUGCAGAUCCUCCGUGAUGAAGACAGUGGUUUCUGUAUGACCGGUGCAUUCACCUCGACAGGAAGUCAGGUGUCAGUUCUCUCCCCUUCCAAUUGCUCCAUGCUGCCUUGUCAUUGGUUCACAGCAACACCCAACCCUCUACGCAGCGUGUACAAACCCUUUGUUUUCACGCCUGACACUGUUGACAUUGGUACCCAGACAAAAUCUCCCGAAUAUGGCCCAGACGAUCCCGCGAGAAGAAUUCCCAGGUUUCAAGGUCAAGUUAAUCGACAGCACGAGCUUCACAGAGGCCAUAAGCAGUUCUGUGAACAGUUGGAUCAUGAGGAUGCAAAUGCACAGGAGGUUCUGCAGAAUCUGAAAAGCCUAGAGACGAAAUGUCUGGAAGACAUGAAAGAAAUGCUUGAACGUUUUGAUGGCAAAAAUUUCACAGAACUUGCUAGUGUUUUCCCUACUGUUGUGACACAGGAACUGAGUUUGUACAAGUAAACUCAAAUCUUAAUUUGAACUCUGGUUUGUUCACAGAACCUAUGGGUGUUGAAAUCAUUAUCCAAAAGCUAAUGAGACAAAUCCUUUCAACAAGCAAACCAGGUUGUCAUUUGUCUUAGAUGCCAUAACUCACCAUGCAGGUUUGUCUCCCUUUGCUGCCAGGAUCUGCUGAUCGUUGGUUUGAAUUCAAGGCUCAUCUGACUAAGAUCUUGGAAUGGUUGUGGCAGUGUUGUGGGUUCCACCAGAGUGGUAAGCAAAUAUGACCUGCUUCACUUUAAGAUUUCCUCCCUUGUCAAGUAAUGUUGAAAACCUCGUUAAACCCAUAUUCACUCACCAUCAAAACAUCUAACUGCAUUACCUGAACGUGCACGAGAAGAAAACAAGUUGAUGGUUAUUGAGGAUUCUUGAUAUACAAUGAACAUGGAGACUGAAAAAUGUUGACUUUUAGAAAUACACUUCUAACUGAUAUUAUGAUGUGUAUAUUUCAACAGCUAUGAUUACAGAAUAGUAAGAAUGAUCAUAAUACAGACAGAAACCUAUUUCAGCUUAAUCCCAUCUGUCAAGGGUAGUCAAAGUUAGUGACAGCUGUUGGAGGUGCUGUAGUUUAGCGUUCGCUUGUCACACCGAAAUCCUUGUUUGAUUCCUCACACAGGUACCAUGUUUGAAGCCAAUUUCUGGUGUCCCCACUGUGUUGCUACCUUGCUAAAAGUGGUAGAAAACCAUACUCACACACAGCUAUAUUAUCAAAAAAGUAUUUUUGAUACAGUUUAAAGUUCAAAAUGAAAUAAUGAUUUCAGCAUCCUAUUAUCUUAGUUUUUAUCAAAGGAAAAGUCUUUUGGGAUUAAUUACAUGGCUAAACAAUUGUACAUUAAUUCAGAGGCAAAGGGAGUGUUCAUUUUGUUAUACAAAUUAAUGUUUUGUGAAAUUAUAAAAGUCAAGAAUUUUCUAUUUUUCAAAGCCAGAUAAGAAUCCAUUUUGAGAUGGUGAUUAAUAUCUUGUUGGUUAAGAUUUCUUUUAAAGAAAACAAUGUUGGUAUAUGAUAGUUUUUGGCAAAUGUGUGAUGUUUGUAACAAUCUUUAAAUCAGGAUGUUGAAUAUUUUUUUACGAUGGUAACUAGUCAUAAAUUAGUGUGGGAAAGAAAAUGGUAAAGGAGUACCAAAAAUACCAUGAGAAAAUGUAGAAUUGUUUUUUCACUCUUUUCCUAGUGAUAACAAUGUACAGGUUCAUUGAGUUUUUCUUACAAGUAUUUUGCAAUUUACAAGUUUAUUGACCGAUCUAGUCCUGUGACCAAAGCUGUGUUCAGCUGUGUUGAUGGUGAAGCAGGCAAUGUAUGUACUAGACAGUGCUUCAGACAGCCCUUGUGCCAUUCUCACAAAGUCAUGGAAAUUGGCGCUUAUAAACACACACAAGUACUAUCAGUGAUAUUACAUGAGAAAUGUAAAUAUUUUAUACAGCAAAAUGCUGAAAAACUUUGCAUCUGGCUUAAAAUGUUUCAUCAUUCAAUACUUCAUUUCUUUGAAUAAAAAUGUCAAUAGCUAUUCAAAGAAAUGUGUACCAUAUAUAGUCAAGUCUCGUUCAUCCGACAAUCGGCUUCAUCCAACAACAAUGAUUGGAACUGAUUAAAUCAGUGCUAUUUCGACCCAUGAAUCCAACAGUCUCGCACCCCGACACACCUAAUUUGCAACAAAUUACCGAAAUCACUCAUUAAUCAGUCUUGUUAAUCCGACACUGAUCAGCAUACUCCGUGGUCAUCUGAGUACACAGCCCGUGUUUUGAUGCGAGACGAGUCGGCUGGUCGCUGCAUAUUACAACGGCUGCAGAGAUAAACUUGCUAAACAAUAAACAAUUAAUGAACAAUUAGUGUUUGCAUCGUUAUCUAUUGUGUAGUUCUCCGAUUUUCGAUCACAAACAUUGAUACUAAUUAAUUCUGUUUAUCCUACAUACUAGUUAAGCCGACAUAAUCAUAUGCAACCAACUAUGUCAGAAUGAUGGGACUUUACUGUAUAAAGAAAAAAUGUUGUUUUGCUGAAACAUGAUCCAUCAAUGGCUGCAGUGAGGUGUGUUGUUUGGCUGGCACAGGAAAGAGUGGCAACCAUGAAAUAUGAGACACUUGCAGCUUUCUGUGUCAUUCUUCGGUUGGUCCCCGAUCAGAAAUUGUCGUUGGCACUCGAAAAGUAAUUUGACAAGUGGCACUGUUUUCAUUCUGGCUGAAGGACUGACUUGACAGUUGUGAAUUCUAAGUCAUUCAUGUUGUGUGUUAUGUUUUUUAUGUUGUAGAGGAAAGCCUAUUUGCUUCAUCUUGUGAUCUGACUGAAAUCCUACAUCUUCUACUUACAGAUAAUGAAUUUUAAGAUGGCAAUUUCAAUCUUGUUGUUCAAGGUAUCAAAGAUAAAAUGUUGAUAGUUGUCCAUGUAUAUUAAUUCAUUUAUGCUGUGUGUUAUAUUUUCUCUAUGUUGUAGAGGAGAGCUUGUUAGUUUCUUCUUAAGCACAUACUGUAAUCCAGCAAUGUCCUCUACUUAAGGUUGUAGUGGCAGAACGUGUGCAUGGUCAACAUGGCUCAGUCCGGAAACUCUAGUGUCCUGGGCUUUUGGUGCAAUAUGGCUAAACCUAGUGUAAAACCCUGUUCAUUUUAAUGAAGCUAAGGCCAAAACAAAUAUAUAUAUGUUUAUGUUUCCACAAUUCGGAGCCCCAACCCUUAAACAUUUUUUCGUCUUUCUCAAGUUGCACCAGAAGUGUUGUCACAGUCCUGGUGUUGUCUGUGUUUUAUGCCACUAACAUUAAUUUGUAGUGCUUCAUUAAAAGAUGUCUUCAUUUGAAAUAAGACUUUUACUGACGUUCUGAUGUUUUUCAAAUAAAAGAGAAACCAAAAAACACUCCUACCUACCAACACUAUAUUUGGAUGGGUUGAAAUAAACCCAGGGACAUGUAUAUAUUUGUUUGCCUGACAGGACUGUACUGGGUUCAAAUGAUCUCAAUAUUAACCUUUGUAGUAAUCUACACAUUUCACCACUUUUAACUAGUGCUUACAGGAAGGUAUUAUUUUACUUUGAGUAAUAAGUGAAUUCUCAUUUCACUUUCUUGUGAGGUGUUCCUACUUAAAUAUACCUUAUCAGCUUCUCUCAGGAAUUUCUCGGUAGAAUAUUUCCAAAGUAUGAUUGAAACAUGUUUACCAGUAUUUUAUGCAAGUAGCAUUUUGACUUUGUAUUACAUAUAUUUUAUCUAUUGUAUUUGUUUUGUAGAUAUUUGUUGUUUUCUAGUGAAUUAUAACCCUUCUUCUGUCGAAUCCAGUGUGUAGAACCUGGAUUUACAACUUCCACAGGUGCUGAUGUUGAGGCUGUGCAGAGUUGCAUCCCUUCAGCUGCAACUACGUGAGCUCCUUCCCAAAGCGCUACACUUUAUUUCUGCUAUCAUUGCUGCCACCAGUGACCUCGCAGCCGUUACAAGAAGCUUGAAAUAUCCCUUUUGAUCCCAAAUGCUGUGACAUUUAUAUUUUUGUUUAUGUCUUUGGGAAUGCCAUUAUAGUGCAUUGGAAAAAGGUUUAUAACUGAUUUUCUAUUUUCCAGAUGAAUUUACAUUUGUUUGUUUGAUCAGAUUCGUUGAAGAUUGCUGGCUGAUGGAAAAGCAUCCAACUUCUCCCAUACAUUUUUACUGUACCAAUAACAUUAUAAUGUAAAAUAAAUACAAAUUCAAAUGGACAAAGAAAGACAGUAAUUAGGGCUACAACCAUACAGGAAGGUAUAUUCUGGUCACAAUAUGGUAAUAAUAUAGCUGGGGGUAGAGUAUUCAGCAUCACGACUCUCAUUACUUGUUUGUAACAUAACAGUCGGUUGCGAGUUCAAUUCCAUACAUGGUUGUAGGCCGCUAAGCACAGUGGGGAGCUGUGACGAGGAAACAAUAGUGUAGAGAGCUCCAAAGCAGGGCUAUCGCUGUGAAGAGCUUGGCCAAUCAAGGCUCUUGCUUACCUAGCCAAUGUCUCAUCAGCUGCGCAUAUAUUGGUGCUCUGUAUUAAAUGAAAGCAAAUAAGGACUAAGUGAAAUCAACUUGUGAGGAAAAAUUACUCUUUCUGAAAUUAGCAACAGCAGAGUUAUGAUGCCUAUAUAAUCACCCCAGAUUUUGUGGUGUAGAAAUGUAUCCAUGGUUAUUUACGUCCUUAUACUAUAUGUUUUUGCCGCCGCCUGUUAGUCCUGAGUUGCGAGUAGGUUAUUUAUUCAUUUUUCCACAAAAAUGUGUUUCCUUGUCACAAAAUGAGACAUUAGCUUCAACAGGUUGAAAAAUUAGUUGAAAAAAAUGUUGCUUUAAAUUGUCAUGAACUGCAGAGGUAUAACCAGGGAUAAUAAUAUUAGCGCUUUGAGCAUGUACCUUGUGUUCGGAGUCAACGCAGUAUAGGUAUGUACACAUUAUUAUUAUUUUUAUUUUUUAUUAUUUUUUUAAUAUUAUUAUUAUUAUUCUUCUUCUUAUUAUUAUUAUCGUAAAUUAUUUGCGAUCAUGCUUUCAUGAUGUUUCAGCAUCAUCGAAACAAAGAAGGUAAUGGACCAUUUGUUACGAACUAAUUAGCAUGACACAAAAAUUACGAUGCUCAAUAAUUUUUUUAAAUAAUUUCACCCGUGUCAGUGCCCGUGGGUAAUACUUGUGAAACCAGCGUAAUAUAGGAUUUCUGUGAUGGCAUGAUAUGCAUCAACACCAAUAUUCAGUUAUUGGAUAUAUAAUGAGCUAACUUGAUUAAAGUUCAAGAAUAUCGAUUUGUCUUGCAUAUGAUCUUUCUGGUUGUUAUGUGAAUGUUGUGUGUUGUAAUUGAAGAUUUACAUAACGGAAACUGGAACAUUAUUGCACACAAGCUUAGUGUUCUACUUGUUGUAACUGUAAGUUUGUUUUUUGGAUGAAAGAUUGACGAAUGCUCAAGCCUUCGGAUUGGUUUGAGGAACAGGACAAUUCAGGUGGGACUGCCAUGGGGCCCUUGCUUAAACAUAAACUUACAGUAGUUGUAGUGUUGUCUGCUAUGUGUGUAUCGGAAUCUGUAUUGUCAAUACUUCGCAGAUUUCGUGAGCACCAUGAUGACCCGUGACUACAUACAACUGAUUUGCACUGUUGUCGCUAUUUCUAACCUACAAGGAAGACACUGGCUGAUACCAGUGAGAGGGACACCCGUGAGCACUGUUGUGGCAGUCUGCUCUACACCUUGCUUCAGUAUCAGGCAACAGAAGGGUUACACGAAGUUCAUGCAGGGAGUUGGGCUCAUUUGUGACUUCUGUGAGUUAUCAAAGGCCCUGUUAUUAGUUGACUAAUGAGAGACUUGGGUUACUGCUCCACCACAAACCCUGUGAAAUGUUGACGAGAAUAUCUUUAGCGAAAAGCUCAACAAUUAUACUGAUGGUAACAAAUAAGGGAACAAAGAAAAGUAGAGGAAAAUACGGCUUACUGUCAGUACAUUUGAAAUUGCGCUUACAAAUUCAACACAUCAGUAUCAAAUGAUGAGAUGUGUUUGUGUGCGUUGUUACCAACUCGUAGACAACUCAUGAUAACACAUCAUUUUACUGUGUCUAAAACUAAGUAUUUCCUUAUUCAUGUCCAU